AAUGGUGUCUCUUAGCAGCAGAACGCUGAGUUUGGAGAAUGACCUGUUCAGGGACAGCAGCAGCAGCAGCAGCAGCAGCAGCAUGCUGUUCUCCCUCGGCCUGGGAGACGGAGCCUGCAGCGAGGGAGGCAGUUCAGCCUCCUGUGACAGCCCUGAGGCUGGAGAGUUAGGGGCUAUGCACAGCUCCAGCCCUGGAGAGGAGGAAGAUGAGGAGGAAGAAGAAGACGAAGAUGAAGGGGUGCCUCUGCAUAUUUUUUUUGGUGAAGCAGAGGAACCUGCAAGUCAGGAGCCCAAGCUGCCAGAAUUCUCCUUCACUCCCCCUUCCCCGUUCUCCCCGACCCUGGAGGACAUAGAGGAGUUCUUGAGGGAAAAGAUGGAACCAGGUAAAGAGGAGCAGCUGGUCCUGAAAGAGGAGGCUUCCCCUCUACCCUGUAGCUCCAGUGACUCUUCAUCCACCCCUGCAGCCCCAGCCUCCACCUCAGAGUCUUGCAGUGACUCAGGGACUAGUGCUUCCCGCUGCACUUCAAACCCAAACACCCACCAGGAUGAGCAGAACAGUCCCAGUCCAGCUGAUGCUUCCCCUUCUGCCCAAGUAAACCCCUCACCGUCCACCUUAACCCCACCGAUGCUCUUGGGUGCUCCUCUGGUCCUCCAGCUCCAGCCCCUACCUCUGGCUCAACCUCAGACCCCAGCAGGGUCUCCUCCCGGUGCUCCAAAUGGCAUUUGGCUCACUCAUGUGGUCAUGGGGCUCCAGGGUGCAACAGGACAAAAUCUUACCCUGCUGACCCCCCAGGUGCCCUCCACCACCACCACUUUGGUGUCUCUGAACAGUGGAGAUAAAUCAGCUGACCAGAAGUACGUAAAGAUCGCCCCUCUGCCCAUCACCAUGAGGACUCUAGAGAUCACGGGCGUGACUGGGGUUGGGGGACAGGGCAUCAGUUUGUUGAAGGCCGUGGCUCCCAGGGUGACCAGAGUGCCACCCACAGAGAGGGUCCAUAAGUGCUCCCAUCCAGGCUGCGGGAAGAUGUACACCAAAAGCAGCCACCUGAAAGCUCACUUCCGGCGGCAUACGGGAGAGAAACCCUACACGUGUAGCUGGCCUGAGUGUGGCUGGAGGUUCUCCCGAUCCGAUGAACUGUCCCGUCACCGCCGCUCCCACUCCGGUAUCAAGCCCUACGAGUGCUCACUGUGUGAGAAGAAGUUUGCCCGCAGUGACCACUUAUCCAAACACACAAAGGUCCAUCGCAGCUCCAGGCCCAGCAGGAUUAUCAGAUCCACCGUGUGACACCUCUCAACCUGGCCUAGAUAACUGGUCUCCCUCAGGACUUUUGGUGCUUUACGAGCAGAACUUUUCCGAAGAAUCUUGAGAGCUGGCUACUGUCUCUCCCUCGUAAUAUUCUGUCCUUUCUCUCGUCCCAGCUCUUUAUCUUUUCACUGUCUCUCCCUGUGAGCAGCUCAUCAUAGCACUACACUGAGCUCAGGGAAAAAACUCAGAUGAAAGUGGAUUUCCCGGGCCUUCAU